GGCUCUAUGUUUUUACUAAUGAUGACCCGUAAUCCAAAUAAAGCCUUCAAAUAAGUAAAUCACGGACAAACAACGAGAUAGUCCAAAUCUAGCCGCAUUUUUGAACCUUUACACUGCCACUCAGGACCUCUGUUGAUGAGGAACCCAAGAUCUGACCUAGCGCUCAAGUGUUGUAGGUUGUAAAAGUCUGAAAAAGAACGGCAAGCCUGUGUUCAGUCCCGAGUGGAACGUGAUAAACCUGAAACCCCCGAGACGAAAAUUACGGAAUAAUCAUGGCUACGAAGAACUUGGUGCCCGUCUAAGCUGUCCCAGCCGCACCCUGGCCUCAGUCGGACUGACCUUGGUCCCAGGCGGACAUCAUCACCUCACUGAUCCGGCUCUCAAUCCAUCUCGAUUGAAUCUCGUUUCGUUGAUUGUGGUCUUGGGGCAUCUGCGCCAUCCAUCAAAAUCGCCGUGAUUCCAGUUCUGACCCGCAGUUGAUCACGUUUGAAGUGAGUCCGUGGAAGUGACCCCGGAAGCUUGAGCAAGAGCAUGUCGCGCCAUGAGGGCGUGAGUUGCGACUCGUGUCUCAAGGGCAACUUCCGCGGGCGGCGCUACAAAUGUCUGGUUUGCUACGACUACGACCUGUGCGCCUCCUGUUAUGAGAAUGGUGUGACCACCACCCGCCACGCCAACACUCAUCCGAUGCAAUGUAUCUUGACGCGAGCCGAUCAUGAGCUCUUUUAUGGCGGUGAGGCCCCCGCUUUGGGGGGUGGCGGAGGCGGGGUGAAUGGCGGAGUGGGGACCACCACGUCUGCCGCCCAUCACGCCCACGUGUUGGAUGCGCCCCAGUCAUACACGUGUCCUUUCUGUGCCAAACUGGGCUUCACCGAGAAGGCCUUGGGCGAGCACGUGGCUAGUCAGCACGCCGAUGUGUCGCAAGAGGUGGUGUGUCCCAUUUGCGCCUCCCUUCCGGGCGGCGAUCCCAAUCACGUGACGGACAACUUCUCCGACCAUCUGAGCUUAGAGCACCGAUCGGGCAGUGCGGGUUCGCGGGAUCUGAUAUCAUUCUUGGACUCGCCCGUGGGCGGUGGAUUGGGGCGUGGGAACAUGACUCGCCAAGGCGGGAUUCGACGCGUGCCCCAUAAUUCGCGCGGAGUGGGUCGGUCGCGUCGGGCCGCGAACGUGCACAACCCCAUGCCGCCUUCGUCCGCCUUCUCGACCUUGUCCCCUUCGGCCGUGUCCUUGGCUGCGGGCCGGGAUCCGGUGGACCCUAUCGCUGAGCUUCUGUCUCAAUUGUCGGGCGUGCGGCGCACGGCCACGUCGUCCUCGUCGGGCGGGGCCGGCUCGAAUGUGACUUCCUCCUCUUCCCAGCUACAGCACAUGCAAAUGCAAUUGGAACGUCAACAGGCUCAAGCCCAGCGACAGGAGCAACGAGCGGCCGCGUCGACUUCGACGACCGCGCCGCGAACACGCUCAGCGUACUCCGCCAAUCUGGGGAGUCACCCGCCCAUAUCCAGUUCCAGUAGCACAGCGGCGGCUGCGGCCUCCAUGCUGGGCAUCCAGCAGCUCUCGUCAGAUUGGCCCAACUCGAUCGGCUCGCACAGCCAGCGUCAGGCUCUGGAUGGUGGUCAGUUUCUGUUGCGACAGCACUCGGACGAUGAAUUGGAGGAUCCCAUGGAAGAAGCCGAAGCGGCCAAUCUGGAAGCCUCGAUGUCGGCUCGCCAAAACCGUAGUCAAUUUGUGCAAGAUUUGGUUCUAUCCACCCUGAUGAUGCGGCGAGCUCAAUUGAAAGAUACUAAGGUCGAGCAGUCGCAGAAGCAUCCGGAACAACACCCAGCUGCACCACAGCUGAGCAAAAGUUCGCUGACUUUGGCGUCUGCGGGUGAAAGUAAGGAGCAGAAGGCCCACGACCAAAGUCGACGGGGCAAAAGAGUGAAGAACGCCCACUCUUGCUACGUCUUCAUCUUCCUCCUCUUCGAUUACCUCUUCAAGGUCUGCCAUUUCAUCAUUUUCCUCAUCCAAACUACCCGCAUCCUCGUCCUCUGCGACGUCCGAAUUCUCACUGUCUUCAUGGCCACUGGCGAUCAUGUCAUCUUCGUCACUGGAUUCCUCUUCCAAGUCAUCCAUCAAGGCAUCUUUGUCGGCCAAUUUGGACGGGUCAAUGGCAUCGACUCGUUUUGGCGCACUGAAUUACCCCCCCGAGGAGUAGUCAACCGGUUGGCCGCCCAAGGCUUCCGAGUGGUGAGCACCACGGGUGUGGGCCAGACCUUUGUUGUGACCCUCUUCAAGGAGCCUCCUCACACCAUGGCCAAAGUUCAUGUAUACAAUGUGCUAGUUUUGGACAACCCGUCCACGUUCAAGUCGAAAUUCGAGUUCGAGAUCACAUUCGAGUGCUUGGAAGAUCUGCCCGAAGAUUUGGAAUGGAAGAUCGUGUACGUGGGUUCGGCCGAGUCGGAAGAAUACGAUCAGGUCCUUGACACAGUCUAUGUGGGUCCAGUCCCUGAGGGGCGAAACAAGUUCGUGUUCACGGCCGAUCCCCCAGAUCCGGAAAAAAUCCCCCCCAAUGACGUCGUGGGUGUGACGGUCAUCCUCCUUACGUGUGCAUAUCGCAAUCAGGAGUUCAUCCGAGUCGGAUAUUACGUCAGCAAUGAGUACUCUGACCCCGAGUUGGCCGAGAAUCCGCCUGCGGUGCCCGAUCUGAAUAAGUUGAACCGCAACAUCCUCGCCUCGAAUCCUCGUGUCACCAAGUUCAAGAUCAAUUGGGAGAGCAGCGAUGCACCGCGAAACCCGCUCAUUGAUGAUGAGAAUAUCCCUCCGAUCCCCAACGAUAUUCCGCACAAAAAUCCCGACCCUCGGUUAGAAUCACCCAUGAAAACUGGGUUGAGGCCCACCGAGCGUAAAAUUAGUCAACCCGACGACAAUAGCCGUGAUAGUAACGCAACUUGGGUGAUGGACGAGCCUGAGAACGGAGACGAGGAUGGCCCGUCGGUCCCUAGGGUGGGCUACGAGUACCUGGACCACACGGCUGAUGUGCAAAUCCACGCUUGGGGCACCUCUCUCCGCCAAGCCUUUGAGCAAUCGGCCUUGGCCAUGUUCGGCUACAUGACCGAACUGGACACGAUUGAGGAGCAAAUGACGCACUCCAUCGAGACAUCCGGCCAUGACCUGGAGAGUGCCCUCUACAAUUUCUUGGACGAGUGGCUUUUCCACUUUUGUGCUGAACCCAAUUUCAUUCCAUUCCGCAUCGAGAUCACGGAUUGGCGGGAAGAUCCUCAGGAUGGGAGUUUCCAUAUUGAGGCUUUGGGCUUGGGGGAAGUGUUCGAUUUAAAUAAACACCCCCAGGGCACCGAAGUCAAGGCCAUCACCUACUCGGCCAUGCAGAUCAAUCAACGGACAGAUUACGUGGAAACUUUUAUUCUCUCUUUUUUAGGCAUUGUCAUCAUGGCUGCCGUAGCCUCGAAAUCGGACCAGGGUCCGGCCAAAAUCAAGGUUGAGGCCAAUGAGUUAGCCGAACGCAUCUUGGCUUUGUGUGCGGAGAUCCCUCAGGGUGUGAACGAUAAAGUGCUGCAGGCUUCCAUGCCGGAAGUGGAUCCCAAAUCCCGAGCUUUGGCCAUCAAUCAUCUAUUGACCAAUGGCAAGAUCGACUUGUUGCAAUCCGAAAGAGGUCUCUUAUACAAAGCCCGUACGUCCACUUCUCAAGUGGGCACCAUUAAAGGCGAUGCGGAAGAGAAGCUCGUGUACAAGAUCAUUGAGGAGGCUCAAAAUAAAGGCACUUGGAUUCGGGACAUUCGCAUCAAAUCCAACCUCGUCCAGACGCAACUCAAUAAAGCCUUGAAAUCCUUGAAGUCCAAGAAGCUCAUCAAGGACGUAAAAUGCGUCAACUCGACUCGAAAGAUUGUUUAUAUGUUGUAUCAUCUUGAACCGGACAGCUCGGUAACGGGAGGGGCCUGGUACAGUGAUCAAGACUUCGAAUCCGAGUUCGUCGAGAUCUUGAACCAACAAUGUUAUCGAUAUCUGUAUCAAAAGCUAGAAAAAUCUCGUGAAUGUACAUCUGGACCCUUGAUGGCCAAGAACAUCUCACAAGCCUCAUCCAAAGAGGUCCUUCAAUACAUUUCCGAGCUCGGGAUUAGCAAAAUUCAGUUGCGGCCUGAAGAUAUAGAAGCCAUUCUCGACACGCUCAUCUUUGAUGGGAAAGUGGAGAAAACUUUGGCAUUGGCCGAAGGUGAAGAAACCCGUUUAUAUCGGGCUGUUGAGUCCUUAAUCCCAGUCACGGGUCUUAUGCGGAUGCCUUGCGGAGGAUGCCCUGUGAUCAAGGAAUGCAGUGACGUGGGUUCCGUAAAUCCUAUUAAAUGUUCAUACAUGAAAGAGUGGUUGAGCUAAUUUUGUCGGUCAAUAUAUACUUCCAUCUAUUUCAUUUCAA